AUGGUCUAUGAACGUAGGGUUGGAGAGUUUUGUUCCCAAAUAAGGAUCAUAUAUAAAGAUGAAAAUAAAAGAAAAAUUAUAAAAAAAUGUCCUGAUGGUAACAAUAAAACUUUAACUGCACUUAGUGGUAUUGAUAAAUUUCGGGUUGAAACACAUCAUGUUAUAGUUGAUAAAUUUUGCUCAGAACUGGACAAAAGAAUAAAUGCAUAUAGUGUAGUGGUUGAAAAUUUUUUAUUCUUGACUAGACUACAUGUUGAGUCUACUAUUGAUGUUGAGAAAAGUGUUAACAAAUUCAUUAAUGUAUAUAAAGAUGAUGUUGAUGGUUCAAUAAAGUAUGUAAUUGUACAUUUCAAGCAGUUUUGGGAUCAGUUAAAAUCAGCAUUUGAUAGAAGUGAUGUACUCAAGAUAUUUGAAUGGAUGACUGAAUGUAAUGUUAUUAAUAUUUUCCCCAACAUUCAUAUUACUUUAAGAAUAUAUCUUACCAUUCCUGUUGCUAAUUGUACUGCUGAGAGAGCAUUUUCGAAGUUGGCCAGAAUUAAAAAUAAAAAUAGACCUUCUCAAACACAAGAUAAUUUGUCAUCAUUAAUGAUUUUAUCAACAGAAAAUGAUGUUCUUCAAAAUUUAAGCUUCGAUAAAACAUUAGAAAUAUUUGCUACUCAAAAAACUAGAAAAAAACUUUUACUUAAACAAUACUUAAUUUUAUUUGUAAAUAUGUAUUAA